CACCUGUAAUCUCUCUUUCGUACUACGCGUUUAGCGUCUUUAGUUCAAGGCGUGUCAUUUUUCUAUUUGUUUGAAUGUACGAAUUAUAUUAUUUUAUUCGUAAUGAGUUCGGAAAAUAUAAUUCGUUUGAUCACAGUUCUAUUUAUCUUAACUUGCUGCAUUGAACAAGGUUUCUCAAUAAAAUGUUGGGUAUGCAGAUCCGAUUCCGAUCCAAAAUGUGCGGAUCCUUUUGAUAAUUCUACAGUACCAAUCACAGAUUGUAAGCAAGAACCAGAUUUAGAACAUUUACCAGGUGUACGACCAACCAUGUGUCGUAAAAUACGUCAGAAAGUCAAUGGGGAAUGGAGAUAUUUUCGCAGUUGUGCUUACAUGGGUGAGCCGGGAAUAGCGGGAGAUGAACGCUUUUGUCUUAUGAGAACCGGAACAUAUAACAUAUUUAUGGAAUAUUGUACUUGCAAUAGUAAGGAUGGCUGUAAUUCAGCAUCUAAGGAUCAUGGAAGUUUACUAUUACUUUUACUUACAAUGAUAAUUUCAUUAGAUUAUGUACUUCAUAUUUUUUAAAAAGCAUUGCCAAAAUUAAUGAAAAGAUCUGAAUUAUUAAGUAACUUAAAACUUUUAUAAGUGCCUUUGUAACAUAAAUAAGUAAUUAGUACUUACGGGCAACGAUGAUGUAUCUGUUUAAAGAUUUACAAAGAGUUCGUGGCAUAAUAUCUCUUUAAAAUCUAUUAUUUCGUACACACAAUCUUUUUAUAAAUAUUUUAUACCAAAAAUGUUUUUAUAUUUUUUACAAAUAUUAUAAACUAUACUUAAAACAUUGUUUUCCAUGUCAGUAUCAUUAGUACAAACAGAUCUAACAAGAUUAACGUAUAUCUGAUAUAAAAUCAGAAUAAUUUUAAUUAAGACUGUUAAUGCCGUCCAAAUA